AUGUUACGUUAUCACUCAUCAUUCGUUAUGAAUUCCUCGAAUAAUUAUCCUCCAUAUAUUACCCAAAUCGAUGGAAUAUAUCUACUCAACAUCCCACAGUUCUUGAUAUUUGAAUAUCCUCUCCCCCCAACAUCCUCACAAAUUUUCAACGCAUACAAGAAAUUUGGUAAUUUCAAUAUUUUUCGAACAUUUCUUCAGAAUGCUUUAGUAAAUAUUGAUACAACUAGUGCUUCUAUAAUGGCAUCUUUUGCUUGGAGAACUGCAAGAGAAGACUUCAAGACAUUCUUUAAAGAUUAUGCUAACAGUGUAAAGCGCGAAGUUAAUGCUCGAAAAAACGUAUUUCGAUUUAAACCAUAUGAUUGUACGAAAUCAUCACGAAAACAAGCAAAGUCGCGUCGAAAUAAAAAUUCAGAUGAUGUCGGAUUGAACCAGGAACAAUUUACAGGAUGGGUAUUUGGGGAAGAACUAAAAACAUUUCAAUUUAUUAACUAA